UUAAGCCCCCUCCACCUUCGUUGUUCCGCGAUCCGACAGCCGAAAGUUCUCCUCCUCCCGCCUGCACCGAACGGAUCGAAUGCACCACCCGCCGCCGGCUAAAACCUACGCUCGUAACCGCCCCUAGCCAUGUGGCGGCGCCGCCUCUCCCUCCUCUCUGAUCUACCCUUCCCGAUCCGUCGCCCGCUGCCAGUCACCCGACCCCCCUCGAUCUCCAUCGCGCCCCUCGCCAGAGCCCUGAAGCCCCCACCUCCUACCGCGGCGGCGGCGGCGGCGAUGGAUGCCGGCUUUACUCCGUUCGGGAUCUUUAGGUCUUCGUACAGCGGGAUGGCGAUGGGGUCGUCUCCGGCGACGGCGAGCCUGCUGAGCCUGAACGAUCUGAGGGAUAACAAGGGGGCGCGGCAGAAGAAGAAGCGGAAAGGGAGGGGUAUUGGGUCGGGGAAAGGGAAGACGGCCGGAAGGGGGCACAAGGGGCAGAAGGCUCGAGGGACGAGCAAGUUUGGGUUCGAGGGUGGCCAGACGCCGCUCCGCCGUCGACUCCCCAGGCGGGGUUUUAAGAAUCCCUUCAGCCUCACCUUCCAGCCUGUAGGUUUGGGGAAGAUUGCAAAACUCAUAAAUGCAGGAAAAAUUGACUCGUCAGAACUUAUUACUAUGAAAACCCUUAAGGAUACAGGUGCAAUAGGAAAGCAUAUAGAGGAUGGCAUCAGGUUGAUGGCUCAUGGUUCUGAACAUAUCAACUGGCCGAUACACCUUGAGGUAUCGAGAGUGACAGUUCGUGCAAAAGCUGCGGUGGAAGCUGCCGGCGGUUCCGUGAGAAAGGUGUACUACAACAAGCUGGGGUUUAGGGCACUGCUCACGCCCGAGUGGUUCGCAAAGAAGGGACGCCUAUUACCGAAACCAGCGAGGCCUCCACCGAAGCAGCGAGACAGGGUCGAUGACAUCGGUCGCUUGCCUGCCCCUACCAAGCCGAUACCUUCUACAACUGAAGAGAAAGAUGCAACAGCAGCUGCUUGAAGCACCAAUUCUGAAGAUGCAUCAGUGACAACUGCUUCUUGAACAAGACAAAUCAUGCUGAUGGCCUCCAUUGCUGUUUGAAUUGGUUGCUCUUUGUCAUGUACUCGAAGAGAUCUCACUCAAUAAUCCAAGCUUGGUGGUUCUGUACCAUUUGGAUCCUGCACUCCUAUUGUAAUGUUACUUUGCAGAAGAAUUGUUCUUAAAUUAUGAAUCACUGUCAAUUCA